CGUUCGUCAAGUCCCGUCGUCCCCACAUGCUUCUGUCGGCGGCGACGGCCAGCGUCGACGUUCAAGAACUCUGCUGCUCGCCGUGCCCAUCCCCGUCUUCCCUCCUCGCCCGCCCUCCUCGCCCCCGUUCGCCCUUGACCGUCCUCGCCGCUGCGCAGCUCUGCCCGUCCCCAGAGCGCCGCUGUAAUCUCGCCGAUCCCUGGCAGAUGUGCCAUGCCGACCAUCUGAACGCUCGCUUUGCGUUUUGCGGACUCCGCACAAGCCACCGUCGUUCAGCGAUUCAUUCUGCGCCCUCCGUGGACUUCAGUCCCAAGACCUUCACCACAUUGCUCGACGCAGCCAUUCGCGACCGGCGACACCCUUGGUCUUUUCGAUCAGCUGCAGCCCGUCCAUCUGCCUGCUCUCUGCUACACUCCGCCAAUCUUGGAAUGGUACGGUUCGGGCCGUGCGCUGUGUGGUGACACCCUCCUUCCAGCUUGACGUUCUCGCACGCAAGCAAAUCACAGCGUGCCCGCCAUCCCUCUGCGCGUCUUCUGCGCGGUGCGCAUCCAUCUAGGCCAAUUUUAAAUAGUCCAGCACCCUCUCUGGGGCCGCCUUUUGCACAAUGGCCCCGCGAGCGCGCAUCAGCGGAGGCGAAUCUCUAGAUUCACCCAUGCGCGUCACCUAUGAAGACUCCAGCGCAAGCGAAAAUGAGGAUCUCUCGUCCGGAGCCCGUCCCACUCUGAAGCAGGUCCUGAAGAAGCCAAGUCGCCUGCUCAUGCGUCGCUCAAGUGUGAGCAAGAUGUCCAAUCCUCCAAGCACGCCGUCGCGGAGCCUGUCCAGCGCUGCUGGCGCGGCGGGCGGCCGUGAGGUGCGUAGCAGGGGAUCGCUGAAGUUUGCACCGAGCUUGGACAGACUUCAUCAUCGACCCAGGUCUGAAGACGAGUUUGACGUGUAUGGUCAUGAGAGUCCUCUUAUGGAGACCCAACAGAUGACCGAGGCCUUGCCCGACCUGACCCAACCGAUGCCGAAGAGGAUACUGCCCAGGGCAAACUUGGAGGCCAUCAUGUCGAAGCCACUGCCUGCGACGCCGCAAAGACAGGAGACGGUUCAGAUGGCCCAUAGUUCCACCUCGUCGGGAUCGGCGAUGGCCGCUUUGCAGCUAAUUUCAGGAUCGCCUGACGUCGCUCCUUCCGUUCAGAAGCGCAAGUCUUCGGGCGAGCUUGCUGAUGGAGAUGCAAGAAGUCUACCAAAGACUAGGUCUGAUGUCGUGUCCGAGGCCACGAGCAAGAGAGAACCUACUCGCCUCACUCGGAGUGCAUUCAAGGAGACUGCUGUCAUGCAAUGGAUGGAUGGCGUCGAUCAGGACCCCCAACGAACGCCAGAGCGCAACUCCAUCGUCGAUUCAUCCGAAGACCCCGCGAAGCCGUCGAAUCAUGCCAACGUCGUCCUGAGCAUGCUCGAUCAGAAUAGAGACAAUAUCGCCCGAACUGCAGCCAAAUUGUGCUCGAGUUCAGAAAUGCAACACCCGCCACCCGUACCCGUUCCGGAACGUGAUGCAAGUGCCCGACAUACUCGAAAGCGUGAUUCGUCCAUGACUGCGACCAGCUUCACCCCAUCCGUCUUCUCGAGAGCCAGCUCGUGGACGGAGCACACAUAUCUGACCACUCCCAGUGAGAUGGUCGCCAACAAUGUCCGCGACAAGCGAACUUCUCGAGACUCACGAGACAGCUGGAGAUACACCCGCUCUUUCGCGUCCCCUCGCUCAUCCGUCAUGAGCUAUUCGUCAAUCCCCUUUCGGACCCGUCCUUUCAAAGCCGACGAAUACGGGCCUGGACCAGACGAUAUGCCUAGCAGUGGGCAAGCAGAUAUGGAUCAGGCAAACAAAGAUCAGCCCGGUGAAGCUGAAUCACGCUUUCGUGACAGUGCAAGCAUAAGCCGGAGCUCGUUCCCUGCAAGCGAGCGUCUGAGCAUACACCUUCCUCCACCGUUGUCUCUAAGCCCUGUUGAAGAAAACCCGGAGAUUCGAGUGACCGCAGCCAUGGAUGCCGACGAAAGUGCGCACCGGCGAGUACUGUCGGACGCAACUGAUCUGUCUGAUAUGAAGGACGAAAAGGCUUCGUUAUCUGCCAACACAAUGGACAUGAAGGGAACCAUUGCAAGCACGAUCGAGUCAAUGGAUGCUGCAUCCCGACAACUGGGACGCUUCAGAGGAGCGUUUUCGCCCGGAAUGCCUACAGAAAUCUUUGGAUAUCACACGUUGGACUUCAGUGCUUCGAAUCGGUUACAAGAGGAAACUCCACAACACACUGCGACUAAUCUAGCCGAGACAAGCGAAGAUGCUGAAGACAAGGCACAAGUCAAGUCACUCGAGCACCGCCGUUCGAUAUCUUCAGAUGUUCUGAGCGGCGACCAGACGAACCAGAACUUUCGACCACAUUCCGAGGCGAACGUGGAUCGUACGAUCAGACAGGAGGCCAGAGUUUCGAAUUCAACCUCUACAUCUGAAGCAUCACUUUCUCCAACGGAUAGUGAAUUUGGUGAAGGAUCUUCUGGCAUCACAGACUAUACAGAUGAUGAUAUUUACCAACUCAGCGAUGCUCCGGGCAUUGGCCGAGUCCUACAGAUAGCGCUGGCGAACAUUCGACGUGACGUGGUGAAGCUUGUUGUGCAGGAGCUGAACGGAAUCUCCUCCCAUGCGCACGAGUCUAAUGCAUACACUAACCAUGCUGGCGGCCAGCUACCCUCCCAAGGCGGCCCAUCAAAUGGAGAAUCUUCAGGCGGCCAAUGGGCCGGGAACAACGGCGGAAACAAGCGACAAGCAAGAGACCGCGGUAACGAUGAGCAGGACGACCGGGAAGAAGGCGAUCCUGGAAAACGAAGAAAACUGAACAACGGGGCAAUUCAUUCGUCGAUUCUGCGAUCACGAUUCGCAUGCCCGUUUUACAAGCGCAACCCCGAUAACCACCAGAGAUGGCGAUCCUGCCGUGGACCAGGCUGGGAGGAAGUCCGACGUGUGAAAGAACAUGUUUACCGCAGGCAUAUGCUAUUUACCUGCCCACGAUGUUUACAACAUUUUGAGGAAAAGAGUCUCCUAGAUGGGCAUGCGCAGUCUGAUGUUCCUUGCACGAAAGCGACGACUCCACCGCCUCAGGAUAUCGAAGGUUGCAGCCAAGAGCAAGAGAGGAAGCUGAGGUGUCGUAAGCGACCUCCUGGAGAGACGGACGAAGAUCGAUGGGCAGAGAUGUAUCGUAUUCUUUUUGGUGAUGACUGUGAAGUUCCAGGCCCAUAUUACGACUUCGAUCUGCCGACAACCUCUCCAAGCCCUAGCGACCUACCUCUUAUCGAAGAUACUUUCCGUCAACUCCCGCAGCGCCUUGCUGCGGACAUCAGUCGUAGACUGCGGCGACCACUCGAUGACGAGGAACGUGAUGCACUCCCGGAAAUCAUCCGAACCUCGUUACAAGCUGUGAUGCCUCCUUUCUGGCGCAUGUUCGCAUCGACUCCAGGCUCCGAUGCCCGAGCUGCACCGCCAGCCUCGGAGCAAGGAGACAGCGCUUACGGAUCUGCGGAGCAUGAUCGCGAAUCAUCCGCUCCACCUCGAGGUUACCCAGGCGCUCAGACGUCGCAGACAAAUUUUACCCAGCUGCAAACGCCGAAUCAGACACCGAAUCAGCAGCAGGCUCCCAACAUAAGCUACAACCCACCACCCAGCAGGGACUUUUCUUUCACUCAGAACGUCGAACCUAAUUACAACUCCAGCACUUGGCCGCAGUCUAGUCAAAGCUUCGUCGCAAUUCCGCAAAUUCCGGGCACCACGACAUAUUCGCAACCUUAUCACCAUGCUCCUGCUCCAGUUUCCCAGCCCAACUUUACGUCGGCACCAACCCACGCCGAUCCUCCUGUGGAGGAAGACUUUUCCGAUCUCCUUGUGCCACCAAAUCCGUACCUACCCGAAUCGGGACAACAGCAGAAAGAGUCGAGCCUUCGCUGGUCAAUCCCUGUCAGCAUUCCUGGUGCAAGUGCUGCAGACCUUCCAGCUCUUCCCAUCGACACCAUACCUUUCAGUAUGCCUACUUCUGUAUCUCAACAUACCCCAGCAGCUACGAUGAACUUCCAGAAUGGCAUCAGCCCUACCACAACGAUGGGUCCGAGCACAAAUUUCCAUCAGUACAUUAACGCGCCCCAGAUGAUGCAUCCGUAUCAGCAAGUACCUACCUCGAUGCCCUAUCACGAAUCCAAUUCCGGUGCGGUGCGAACACCAAACAGACAGAGCAUCAACUUGCUCAACACAACGGAUCAGAUCGAUAACUGGAUGUUUAGCCUUAACUCCAGCGCAGCUGGUCAGGUGCAAGAUGUGUUCGCCGGUACAGUUGGCCAUCAUAUGGGCAGCAUGGUACCCGUUGGAGUAAGAGAUGGUAAAAAGAGAAGACCUGAAGUAGGCUAUUAGCGUGAACAGACAACGGCCUCAUUCGGCAUUUCAAAAGGGACACGGGCUAUCAUUUCGUUUGUCACGAACAUUUCAUUUUGUACAAACACUUGGACGACCAAAAAAAAUUUUUAAGGACUUGAGUCUUGGAUACCCCUUCAUAUAUUGUAUUAUCAUUAGAUACUGACCAAAUGAAAUAAUGAGGGUUUAAUA